AUGAGCGGCGAGGUCGUCAAAGGGGCCAACGGAGCUCUAUCCUCCUCCGCUUCGCCCGCUGUCGAGCCUUCGCUGAUCUCAAAGGCGUUGGGCACAGCGAGCGCGCAAGCUGAUGUCCAUGCUCGACAUCCUCACCAAGCGGAGAUGAGCAGAGAGGAAAUGCCAAAGGCUCGCGUGGCACCGGAUCACGUCAAGGAUAUGCACGGUGCUCAUGCAGAACAGGUUCCUGCUCUGGCUGAAGGCGAUAGUGAAGUGAGCAACGAGAGAAGAGUCAGGCAGGAGUUUGCAAAGCAGGGGCAUGAAUUGGCGCUGAUUCCACUUACCCCCCCUUUCAUCCUCCUCCUUGCCUUUUCCUCCAGCGAGCAGUAGAUCCUGGAAUCGAUGACCUGGGCUGGAGCCAGGAUCCAAAAGUGCCAGUGCCGUGCGUAGCGUUGUGAUUGAGCCUCUUCGCCAUCCUCCCCCCAGAGACCACAGCUCAGCCGCGCAGCGUCCCGCCUCUUUUUUUCCUUUCCGCUGGCCUCCCCCCACCCCUUUCAGCGUCCUGCACAGCAUCAAGAAUGAAGAGCUUUGGCAACUCAUUCGUCGAUUCAACAAUGUGAGUGCGCGAUGCAUAUUGGCAGCGGCAGCGCGGCAGCAUUGCUGUUGUAGCAAGAGCUGCUGCUGCUGCUGCUGCUGCUUGCCUUGCCUUGCCGUCUUGCUGACCUGCAUCAUCUCGCCCACAGUCGGUGGCGCAUGUCAAGUUCAUUGAGCGACCGCCGCCCGGAGGCAUGGAUCUGAACAUUGCCGACAAGGUGAGCAAAUGGAUGCUCCCCCCCUUCCCCUCCAUGAGGCCUCACCCUGGAGACGCAGCUGACACCAUAUUCUCUUCAUGCUUGCAUCCGUGUAGGACCCCUUUUCUCCCGAGAAGCUAAAGAGCACCUUGGAGCGCAUAUACCUCACAGUCGGUCUCGGAUUCGCCAGCUUCUUCAAGCACAUUGCCCGCGUUCGCUCAUGGCACGAGCAGAGGCGCACUGCCGUCUUUGCGGGCACCUAUGCCCUCGCAUGGCUCUUGGACAUUGUCGUGCCUGCCCUGAUCUCCUUUGUCGUGCUGCUUUUGGUCUCUCCUCGUUCCAGGCGCCUCCUCUUUCCCCCAGCUCCAUUGGCCGCCAUCUCUGCCAAGACUGGGGAAGCCAAGGUGCCGAAAGCUGGUCAUUUGGGUAGCGAGAGUCUUACAGGGGCAAAGGAGAGCUUCAAGGGAGAAGCGGCGGAAAAGGAAGCAGAACAUGCCGUCAAGAGCAUCUCGAAAUUGGCAGUGAGCACCGCCAUAGGAGGCGGUCAUCAGAGCACGGGCGAUGCAAGGGCAAAAACAGGCGGUCAAGAGGAGAGCGACGAGGAUUCGGAGAAUUACAGCAUCAGUGAAAAGGAUGGACAAGUCAAGGUGGAGGAGCCAGUCGCUGCUCUCACCUCCUCCGCUCAUGCCGCUCAAGAUGCCACCACUGCCGAUGACAAUGGCACAUCCCAGACUGCCGCUGCUGCUGUGGACCAAUCGCUCUGGAACACCAUGCAACCCUUUCUGCACGCUCUAGAGGUGAGCGAGGAGCUUCCUGUCGGCUUGGCGGGAUUGAUGCUGCCUCGCUGAAGUUUUCGGCCCCUAUUUUCCGUCGCACACAGGACUUGGCAGAUACGUGGGAACGAUUUGGCAAUGCGCUAUCACCCAUGGCUCCCUUUUCGCGGCAUCGGGCGCGCGCCUUUUUGGGAGGAAUCCUAGCACCCUUGGUCGUGCUCUCCUACUUUACCUCCAUUUACGUCGUCUAUCGAAGCAGCACGGCCGGCUUGGGGUUCGCCUUUUUCGCUCAACCUCUGUUCGAUAAGCUGGCCAUUUCCGACCUUCGAAAGCUUUUGGAUGAAAAGAUUCCCAAUUGGAAGGAGUACCUCGAAUUGAGGAAUAGCAUCCUAAAGGGCGUACCCACCAAUGCUCAGCUCACCAUCACCUUGCUUCGUAUUGGAGAGGCCAACAAAUCACCCCUGCCACCUCCGCCGCCUUCCAAUGUUGCGCCGGAACCGGAGGCUCUAGAGGGUCACGAGAUGGCCGACGACUCGAAUCUUCCGCCAGAGUACAAGGGGCAGUUGAGAGAGGCAGCGCAGGAGCAAAAUGAAAAGGAGGAGGAGGAGGAGGAAGUUUCGGAAGGUGAUGCCUCUUCGGGAAAGCAAAAGGCGAAAAAAGCCUCUCGAUUUCUGCGUUUCCUCAAAGGCACCACUGCUGGUGCGACCGAGACUGCUUUGGGGGCCAAUCGGGUCAAGGCUAGCGCGGGUGUGCAAGUGGCAAAACGCAAGGUGGGGGUGGUGAAGAAGACGUUGGGACCGGAAGCUUCUGGCGAUGGUCCUUCUUCCUUUCAUGCACGCUUCAAGGGCAAAAGAGGUCUGCUGCUCAUCAGCACCACCGCCACCACGCCGUGCGUCUCUUUUGAAAAGCGUCAACCUGCCCAUGCUCGAGCUGCAUUGGCAGCUGCCGAAGCAGCAGCAGCAGCAGCAGCAUCUCGAGCGGAUGGCAAGGAGGAGGAUGGGGAUGGGGAUGGGGAAGCUGCCGCUGCGGCUGCGAAAAAGUUGGCAGAUUUGGCGGAAAAGGCUAGACCUGCGCCCCUCUUCAGCUUGCAGAUCGACGAGAUUCGCAGCGUAAAGAAAUUGGGAGGUUUGGGCAUCACGGGCAAAUUGAUCGUUGGUUGGGCGCUGGAUAGCGUCGUUGCUGAUGCUUUGCAAAUCGAGACGAGCAGCGGUCAAUCGUUCAUCUUGUCCGCCCUGCCUCGCCGAGAUGAGGUCUUUAAUCGUCUCGUAUCCCUUGGCAAACAACAGUGGGAGGCUUGGUAA